AUGCCACGACGAGACUAUAUUCGCGACCUCGACGACGUCUUAAGCCCGGGCAAAUAUGUUUAUUUAACCAAUAUCAGAGCUGGUGCAGAUGAUGGGGUGCUUUGCUUUACAUACCUCAAAGAAGGCCCCAGUAUCGACCUAGAAGCAUUUGUCACCGAUAUCUCCUCUUAUCCCAAAGAUCACAGCUAUUUUGUAUACACGACGUCAGAAAAUGUCCCUCCAGCGGUCACUGCAACCAUCCAGGAGGUCCAGGCACGUUCAGAAGGACAGUCGCUUUCCAACUUUCUCAGCCACUUAAGCGACUCCAUCGUCGACUCUCUUUCUCCCGAUAAUUGCUUUAGUACUCAGACAUCCGGUCAUGAUAGUGACACCUCUAUCGUGGAUGACGAUGGUGAAUAUGACGAGUGGGAUGAGCCUCUGGAUAUCGAGGAUCCAUUCUCUGACUCUGAACAUGUGUGCUCGUCGAUGCAAGGAGCCCUGAAAUCAAAAAUCCGUGCGGACCUUCGUCUCGUCAAGACAGCCGGGUUUAAGGUCGGUGUUCUUGGUGACCUCGAUGGCCCAGUGAUUAUCUCCAUUUCGUGCCGAAUCGCUAAACUGGGUAUCUCGGACGAGGCCAUGCAAGCAUGGCGUGUCAACCCCCAACAGUAUCUGGUUCUAUUAAUCCGCUACCCAUCUGGCUAUCAAGAGUUCCAGAAGAUCCUUGAUGUGGACACCGCUACCGGAAAGUCCUCAGUGGACAUGCAUGUUGCCUUAUGCGAUUCAUACAAGCCGACGCUCGCCAACGCUGAGCAGAUAUUUUUUCGUAAAUCAAAGAAGACAGACUCUAACGAAAACGGCAAUGGCACAAGCAAUGGACCCAGACUGGAACCCUCUUUUAUCAGUAGGCCGCUUAACACGCUACUCAAUGAACGGCUGGUUAAAAUCAUGAAGUAUCGAUACACGUUCGCGUUUAACUGGUCCGGUGCAGAGCUCUUUUUCAAUGAUGAACAGGGCAAGUCUCUCCAAUCCGCCGAUCCGAGUAACCCGAAAUACUUGGCCAAAGAGAAACCGGCGUUGAUCACGUCGAAUCUCCUGGCUGGAGACCAUCUUCUUGAGUCUUCUGGUCAGCUAUCUUUCCCCCUCCUUGCCAUGCAGUUCACCCUCCGUCACUUUGUGAGGUGUACAGACUUCUGUCUUGUGUGUCAUUGCAGGAUUGAUGCAGAUUUCGAAGCUCUAAAGCCCUACGUGUGCUCAAAUGAUCUCUGCCUGUUUCAGUACUUGUCUCUGGGCUUCGGACCCAGUCUCGAAUUCGAAAUCAUCUCCCAGCCAAACGUAGUUGACCUCUUGGUUAGCUUCACAUAUGCCAGCGCUACAGGUGGCCGUUUGAGGGACUUUCCAACAGGUCUCGGCAUUAUGGUCCCCGGUGGUACGGAAUGUCUCCAAGAUUGCAGUACCGGUGUCAUCACAUCAGGUAAUCCAUCAAAAAACCCGAGAUUCAGCUCUCAACAGGCUCCACGGCCACACAUGGCGAAAUUAGACCUACCCAGGAUGGAUCUCCAUUUUCCAGACCCUAGAGAGCGUCCUCCAGUUCGGGUUGGCGACUGGAUCGCCAUUAUUGAUCAUCAUGUCGCAGAGGCAACCCACUUGCACUGUCGAGUUGUCGAAGUAGCUAUGUGGCCGCGGGUCAAGCUUUCGGAGCCCAUUAUGAGAGGGAGCCCCCUUGAAAAGAAAGUAGCGAAGCCGGGGAUAGAACAACCGUCACCCGUAGUCUUCGUCGUAUACGAUACACUAUUUGACGAUCUCAGUGAGAUUCAGAAGCGCCAGGUCAUUCCGAUGCUACUCGAUAACCUUCCUACUGUCAUGGAGAUGAAAAGUUAUUUAACGGAGAGCAAGCAUGAUUCUGGAUUACUGCUUGCAUCUUGGAAGGACAGGAUCUCCAAAUCCUCGCUAGAUCUUCUGCGAUGGAUAGUUGCGUCUAAUAGGUCGUGUAUUCUAGAAGAUGGACGCUCAUCCGAUGAUCCAACUGCUCCCAGUCACGACCAGAAUCUAGUUUCUGAUAUGGAAGGGUACAUGCAGUUCCGAUUUGCACAAGGAGCUCCUGAUAAGGAACAACGGUUUGUGCAGUCAGUGAGCUCUGCCACUUCCAGUCAGAAGAUAAAAUACCCAACCCUUUUUGCGUGGCAUGGAAGUCCCCUUUCGAACUGGCACGGUAUUGUCAGAGAAGGUCUCCAUUUUAAAGACAGCUUGCAUGGACGCGCAUUCGGAAACGGCGUGUAUCUAAGUCCUGAUUUUCACACAUCGUACAGUUUCGCUGGCGGACAUGGCUGUACGGGAUUCAGGCAUUGGCCUAAGAGUGUCCUGAAGAUCACAGGUGCAAUCUCACUAAAUGAAGUCGUCAACUGCCCGUCCAAAUUUGUGUGCAAGUCGCCGCAUCUCGUGGUUAAUCAGCUAGACUGGAUCCAAUCGCGCUAUCUCUUCGUCAAAUGCGAAACUCUUGGCAAUGGAAAGGGACUCCAAGCCCCAAAGAUCACACCUUCUACAAUCUUCUAUCGACAGGACGAACAUUUUACAGCCAAAGGGCCUGGGGGUCGCGCCGUCGUGAUACCGCUUACUGCCAUCAGCAGCAAGCGUCGAGGAGCACUACUGAUCGAGGACGAGCCUAACAGUUCUGCCGGCGAAAAGAAUUCACAGGGAAAGAGCACUAGGAACAAGAAAGGGAAACCCGAAUCUACCAAGUCCACAUUUGGUAAAAGGAAAAAGACGACACCAGAUGAACCUCAGAAUGAUGGAGAUACGUUAAGCGUCCGAACCGACGACGAAGAUCUAGCGUUGCUCCUAUCUGAUACCGAACCAGAGAAAGAGCAUAAGAUCGCCAAGGUCGACAAAAGUUCUUCAGUCUCGAAGAACAAUGGCACUGGAGAGUCUGGAAGCCUCUCUGAUGAACAGACGGACUUCACCCCAGGAACUUUGCUAGCUACGUCUUUGCCGCUGUUGGCAGCUCCCACCUAUGCCACAACCAUGGCAACUAAAGCACUCCAGCGUGAUCUACAGGCGACCUUGAAGGUCCAAGAGCGGACUCCCCCUCACGAGUUGGGUUGGUAUAUCGGUGCGGAGUUGAUCACUACUGUUUAUCAGUGGAUCGUGGAGCUCCAUUCGUUCGAUCCAAGUCUCCCCCUUGCCAAAGACCUGAAAGCCGCGGGUCUUCAAAGUGUUGUCCUUGAGCUACGUUUUGGAAAGGAUUAUCCGAUAUCACCACCUUUUGUCAGGGUUAUCCGUCCCCGUUUUCUUGGGUUCCAGCAAGGGGGAGGCGGCCAUGUCACUGCCGGCGGCGCGUUGUGUAUGGAACUUCUAACGAACUCAGGCUGGUCAGCAGCCUCUAGCAUCGAAAGUGUCCUGCUUCAAGUCCGACUGGCACUCAGCAGCACCGACCCAAAGCCAGCGCGGUUGGAGCGUGGACAGACCAACAAAGACGGAAGGGUGCUAGACUACGGAGUCGGCGAAGCCGUCGAGGCAUACCGGAGAGCGUGCCAAACCCACGGAUGGGAAAUCCCGAAAGACUUUGAACAGUCCAGUAGACUUGGGUUGGAGUAUUCGAAUGGGAUGAAAAAUUGA